AUGACCAGAGGUAGGUCAUUGGAAAGCUCUCCUCGCUCCCUUCCCAGAUCGUGUUCUAGGGAAAGCGUGUGCUCCUUGUUAUCGUCUUCAUCUUCUUUUUCAGACUCUCCAGAAAGAAAUAAUCCCAUGGAUAUCGUUGUAAAGGGAUUAACUAGAAAUGUUAACACAGAGCAUUUAAGGGAUAUCUUUUCCUCUUUUGGGAUAAUAAAUUGUAUCAAAAUCGAUGAUGGCGACCGAGAAUGGAGAUAUAAAAGAAGCGGAGUUAUAAACUUUAGCAGCGAGAAGGCUGCUGCUCUGUCUAUCGAAUGCAUGGAUGGGGGUCAGAUCGAUGGCAUGGAUAUCGAGGUCGCAUAUUUGCGCAAGGGGCCUGAAAAUGACGACUUUGCCCCUCGAAGAUCAUUAUCGUCUAAAUCUGCAUUUUCUAAACGAAGAUUGUCUCCCGGCCCUCGGCAUAACAGAGGCACUCCCCAUAGGCCGUCUAUUGUUGAAUAUCGGAGGCCCUCGGCCACACCGCGGCCCCUUGGCAUGGACAGUCGUCGCCAAGAUGGUUCAGGUUCCAAUUAUAUAAAUUAA